AUGUCCAGUGUGCGUACUCAACCUUUACAACCUUUAAACAAUGAUCAAUUGAAUGUAAGGGCCAAUAAUAUAACCCCCAUAAAACCCAUCAGACGUGCAGAAGCCGCUAAACCAAAGAAGAAAAAGGAAAAAUUAUCAGCAUUAUGUAAAACUCCUCCAUCUAUCGUUAGAACUAGAACUGGUAGAGAUUACCGCCGUGGAAAUUUCCUUGGUGAAGGUGGAUUUGCAAGAUGUUUCCAAAUGAAAGAUGAUUCAGGUCAAAUUUAUGCUGCUAAAACAGUUGCCAAAGCUUCUAUUAAAAAUGAAAAGACAAAGACUAAAUUAUUAUCUGAAAUUAAAAUUCAUAAAUCUUUAAAACAUGCUAAUAUUGUUAAUUUUAUAGAUUGUUUUGAAGAUGAUAUUAAUGUUUAUAUAUUAUUAGAGAUUUGUCCAAAUCAAUCAUUAAUGGAAUUAUUAAAAACUAGAAAAAGAAUUUCUGAACCUGAAGUUAGAUUCUUUAUGGUUCAAAUUGUUGGAGCUAUUAAAUAUUUACAUUCAAGAAGAGUUAUUCAUAGAGAUUUAAAAUUAGGUAAUAUCUUUUUUGAUCCAGAAAUGAAUCUUAAAAUUGGUGAUUUUGGUCUAGCUUCAGUUUUACCUUCAACUGAUUCAAGAAAAUAUACUAUUUGUGGUACUCCAAAUUAUAUUGCACCUGAAGUUUUAGGUGGUAAAAAUACUGGUCAUAGUUUUGAAGUUGAUAUUUGGGCUAUUGGUAUUAUGAUGUAUGCUUUAUUAAUUGGUAAACCUCCAUUUCAAGCUAAAGAUGUUCAAGUUAUUUAUGAAAGAAUUAAAAAGACUGAAUAUUAUUUCCCAGAAGAUAAAGUUAUAAGUGAUUCAGCUAAAGAUUUAAUUAAAGAUUUAUUAAGUUUAAAUCCUUUAAAUAGACCAACCAUAAAUGAUAUUUUAAAUUAUGAAUGGUUUAAAGGUCCUUUCCCUGAUAAAACUCAUGAAUUAAGUUUACAUACUACUCCAAUUGGACUUCAAAAUAUUCCAAAACAAGAAUCAGCUGUCAAUUUCACUAACACAAAAGCAAAUGCUGGAAUUUAUACUCCAAAGAAUAAAAAUCCAGUUGAAAUUUUAAGAUCUGAUUUACAUUCUGAACAACCAAAAUCAAUGUUACCACAAUCAUUAUCACCAAAUGAUACUAAAAAUAAAUAUCAAGAAGUUGAUCCAAAUCAAUUAGGUAAACCAAGAAAAGUUAAUUUUAAUAGUCUUUAUUCAACUUCUAUAAAACAUCUUAAUCAAAUUUGUUUUGAAACUUAUCAAAAUAUGAGAAGAUUAGAAUAUUCAGUUCAUGAAUCAAUUGAUACUUUAGAAUUACCAAGAUGUGAAAAUCCAACUCUUAUAAGUAAAUGGGUUGAUUAUUCAAAUAAAUAUGGAUUUUCAUAUCAAUUAAAUAAUGAUGAUAUUGGAGUAUUAUUUAAUGAUGAUAAUACAUUUUUAAAACUUCAUAAUUCUGAUAGAUUUUUAGAAUUAAUUUAUCAUGAAAAUGAAGGUUGGUCAUGUAUUGAAAAUUCAACAAGUCAUCCACCAUCACAAGCUAAAAGACAAUUAGAAAUUGUUGAUUUUUUUGCAAAAUAUAUGAAUAGUAAUCUUUCAAAAGUUAGUGAAAAUGAAGAAAGAAAAGAAACAGUAUUUUUAAGACGUUAUACUAGAACAUCAGAAUUUAUAAUGUUUGAAAUGACCAAUGGUAAUUUCCAAUUUAAUUUUAAAGAUCAUCAUAAGAUUUGUGUAUCAAAGUCAGGAUUAGCAAUAACUCAUAUUUCACCAAAUAGAGUUACUCAAACUCAUCCAUUAAUAUUAAUUUUAAAAGAAGGUAAUUUCCCAACUAUUGAAGUACCUGAUUGUUUAGAAAAGAUUUCAAUUAUUAAAGAAGCCAUUAAAAAGAAGGCACUUAAAGAUGAUGUAUGA